AUUAUGGACUUACCGGAAGAGUUUCCAUUUCCAUUUCCACCAUAUUCAAUUCAAAAUGACUUUAUGAAAAAUUUGUACUCAUGCCUGGAAAAAGGAAAUCUAGGAAUUUUUGAAAGUCCAACGGGUACUGGUAAAUCACUGUCAAUAAUCUGCGGAGCUCUGAAAUGGCUCACAGAUCAUGAAAAAAAUAAAAAAGACAUUUUGGAUAAACAACUUGCGGAUUUAAACGCCAGGUUGAAAGAAAUUAGCGAAGAGUCUAAGGGUGACUGGUUUGUAGAGCAGACUAAGCAGAUUAAAGUAAAUGCUGAGCGACAAACUAUCCAGGACAAGUUGGAUGCUCUGGCACGUAGAGAAGAACGUAUGAAUAAAUUCAAAGAGACAGUUAAGCAAAAUAAUAAUACGAAGAAGCGUCAGUGGAAGGUUAGUAAGAAUAAAAAUAAUUCUAAAGAUGAAAAGCAACAAGAUACUCCAAAUCAAGAUGCUGAAGAUAUUGAUACUGAUCUUCUACUGGAUGAUUUACAUUUAAAUUCAGACUCAGAUGAUGAAGAAACGGCUGCCGAGACUAAUAAAUACACGCAAUUCUUCUUUUGCUCAAGAACUCAUUCGCAAUUAACUCAAUUUGUUGGAGAAAUAAAGAAAAGUCCUUAUUCUGCAGAGGUUUCUUUGGUUCCAUUAGCUUCUAGACAAAAUUAUUGUAUAAAUAAAGCCGUUCAAAGACUGGGUCAUGUUAAUUUAAUUAACGACCGAUGUUUGCAAAUGCAAAAAAAAAAGGUAACUGUUAAAAAAGAAAAAGAUGUAAAGAGAUCUAAAACUGGAACGAGCUGUCCAUUCAAUCCUGGUGACCAGUCAUUGCUGAUUGCUGAUAUUAUUACGACAAUACAAGAUGUCGAGGAGAUUGCUGAGACUGCGAAGCAAUUGGAAACCUGUGCUUAUUAUGCGUCCAGACGGUCCUUACCUGAUAGUCAGGUUAUUCUAGUGCCUUACAACAGUAUUUUACAUAAAAAUACCAGAAUUAGCUCGGGGAUUGAUUUGAAAAAUAAUGUUUUGAUUAUUGAUGAGGCUCAUAAUCUUUUAGAAGCCAUUGAAAAUAUGUACAGUUCGACAUUAACUGGUAGACACAUUUUACAUUGUUUCAGUCAGCUUACUCAGUACCAAAAGAGAUUUGAAAAACUUUUCUCAGCAAAAAAUGUUUUGUACCUCAGUCAAUUAAGUUUUUGUUUAAAAAAACUAAUAAAAGUACUUGGAGGUACUUCAAGAUCACAAUCGAAUGAUAAAGUUAAUACCGAAGUACAGUCAGCCAUUUAUUCUAUAGAAAAAUUUGAGUCAGUUGCUGAGAUAGAUACUGUAAAUGUGUUUGAGCUUUUGCAAUUUAUAAAUGCGUCUAAAUUAAUUCAUAAGCUUCGUGGGUACGUUGAAAAGUACAGCGGAGAUUUAAAAGUACGUCCCGUGACGAAGAAGCCAACUGGAGUGUCGGCAUUUCUAAACACACUCCAGGGGAAAGAAACCACGGAAACUGAGACUGAGAGUAAAGAAAAUAAGGAAGAUGUAUGUGAUAAUCCGUUGAUAUUUAUCAUCAGCUUUCUGGAGUCGCUAAAGAGCAAAAGCGCAGAUGGAAGAAUUUUCAUAAAUCCCGGCCCUACAGUAGGUCAAGGUACAAUUAAAUUUUUGUUGAUGAAUCCUGCUGCACAUUUUCAUGAUAUUGUUAAAGAAGCAAGGUCAGUUAUUCUCGCUGGCGGUACAAUGGAACCGAUUUCGGAAUUUAGAGAUCAAUUGUUUAUUAGCGCUGGUGCUGAACCCGAGCGUAUUGUUACUUUUUCAUGUGACCAUGUUAUACCGAAGGAAAAUAUUAUUACGAGGAUAGUAACCCAAGGACCCACGGGAGUUAAAUUUGAAUUUAAUUAUCAAAAUAGAGAAAAUAAAGAACUGCUUAACGAACUGGGUAGAACUCUCAAGAAUUUAUGUAAUAUCAUUCCCGGCGGAGUUGUUGUUUUUCUUCCGUCUUACAGUUAUGAAGCAUCCCUGUAUAAGCAUUUGGAAGUUACUGGAGUAGUGGCUAAAAUUUCCGGAAAAAAAAAAAUAUUUCGUGAACCUAAGCUUGCAUCUCAGGUAAACGCAAUUCUUGACAGCUUCGCGGAUACUGUGAAAAAACCAACAGCUCCACAAAAUGGUGCUAUUUUGUUCAGCGUCGUCGGGGGAAAGCUCAGUGAAGGAUUGAACUUUUCUGAUGACCUAGGACGAUGUGUAAUUGUUGUUGGUAUGCCUUAUCCGAAUAUCAAGUCGUUGGAGCUUCAGGAAAAAAUUAAAUAUCUUAAUGAAAAUGUUAAACCCGGCGCUGGUAAUGAGUACUAUGAAAAUUCUUGCAUGAAAGCUGUCAAUCAGUGUAUUGGUCGGGCUGUAAGACAUAUCAACGAUUACUCUACUGUUAUUUUACUCGACAGAAGAUUUUCCAAUAAAACAAAGUCACUCCCGGGAUGGAUUCAACGAACAUUAGAAGUUCAUAAUACUUUCAACAGUACAAUUGGCGAUGUUGCUAAAUUUUUUACAGCGAAAAAGAAAAAAAUUUAA